AUGGGCGACGUGGCAAGGUACUGGCCGCUCUGCGAUCCCCACCUGGACACACGGCAAGCUGCUCCCCGCAACCCACCGCUCCUUCAGAGACUCGCUUUAGAGGCGCUGGUGAGGGCUUUCUCCAGAUCUCCACGGUGUCGCCGGCUACGGGCGGUCGUCGAGCAGCUGCCACUCUUCAUGCGCCUCGAUGCGAUCGAAGACAUGUGCGACUAUCGGUCGCUGCUCGACGUGCAGCUCGAUCUGCUGUCCGAUCCGCUGCUCGUCAGUGACGUCAUCCGGCGGCUGCCCGGCGAGCGAACGAAGCUGAUCCGCUGCCUGCAGUGGCUGGAGAGCAACAAGAAACAACUGAUCGCACAGCUGUGCCGGAGGUACAUGGCACUGUACGAAGCGGAUCGGAUCGAAGCAGCUGCCGGUGUUGACUGUUGGGUGGGCCAGCGUAUUGGAGUGUUCCUCAUCGAGACCGGUUGGCUUCAGGAAGGGGCCACCAUUCUGCACAUCGCACGCUUGCAAACGACACCCGGUUCGGACGAGGAGGUGGCCGUGUCGCUCCAUCUGCUGCGGGCCCAAACACUCGGCGGUAGCCUGAUCGACGCCCGCCAGUCCUACGAUCGCAUCACGGCGUGGAUGAUGUCGGCCUCGAGCGCGGCGUACCGACGGUCACUGGUGAAGGACUCCCCUAAUGGACAGGAAGCGACCCACGAUCUGGCGGCUGCCGUUCACCUGGCACUGUCGCUCUAUCAGCUAGAGGUGUGUGAGGUUUCACUCAGCUACCACUACGCGGUGCUGGCGUUGGAGCUGCUCAGCGAAUCGGCGUCGCACCGAUUGGUCAUCGACGUGUGCCGCCAGCUGGCUCGCGCUUGUCUGGCGCGACAGUUUUUCGCCAAAGCCAACCACUUGCUGCGUCAGGCCAUUGCCCGAGCCGGCGAAUGGUUCGGCAAGCAGAGCGCUCAGUACGCGGAAACCCUCGAGGACUACGCCAUGUAUCUGCUAGCGCGGGACAACGUGACCGAGUGUGUGAACGUGUUCUCGGAGGCGCAGCAAAUCUAUCUGCGGCUGUACGGCUCGCGGAAUCUGCUGCUGGCCCACGCCCAGGGCAACAUCGUGUUCGGGUUGUGCCUGCAGGCGUACGUCAUUUGCACGGAUCAGGAUCAGGCGAUGCACCACGUCGAGAAGACGAUGGCAAACUUCGGGCGCAUCCUGCCCGCCGGGCAUCGGUUGCUGGUGCAGGGACGACGGUUACGAACGACGAUGGGUCUGCUGCUGUUCGGGCUGAACGCAGCCCGAAGUUCGGGAUGGACUAGGCAAUCCGAAGAGCACGGCCAGGAUACGGAGAGGGUUGAAAAAUUGAACGAGAAAGAACGGGCUCUACCGGUAGGCGCUUUGCGCCGUGGGUUCUACCUUUGUUAG